GUUUCGUAUCGGAAGCAUGGCGGACAAAGUAGGAAUGAUAUUGUGUUUAUUUAUUGUAAUCUGCUGGAUUCCAACAAGCCCAACAGCAUCCGAGGCAGUUCCAGAUGGCUUGGUUUACACAGAAGUCAAGAAGACACUGGUCCAAGGGUUUCAGGGUGUCCUGACAUGUCGCUUCUAUCGGGAUCCUAUCGCAGUCUAUUGGAAAAAGGGCCCCGAUCCAGACAAUCGAGACCUGAUGGUGGUUUGGCAUAACGGCAAAGUGUCGGGACCAAGGUUCGAGGAUGGAUCAUAUGACAUCGACGAUGGUUAUUCGCUGAUUAUCAAGAAUGUAUCAGCAGAAGAUACCGGUCGAAUGUACUGCAUAGUUUCCAACUACAACGGCAUUUUGAUUGAAAACUACACUGAUAUAGCAGUUACAGACACCCCAGUUACAACGAUUCAAAAUGCCAUCCUGCAGAUGCGUGAAGCUACAUUUGGUAUCUUGCAGUGUAUAGUUCACAUCAAGGCCGAGAGAGUCUCUUGGAAAAGGGUAACUACUUCAUCAGCAAAUGACAGCCUGGUUGUCAUUGCAAAUAGCAAAGACGAUGCUGAGGUAAAUGGAACUAAUUACGACCUGAAUACCUACAAUAUGACCCAAGAUAAUUCGCUCGUCAUCAGGGAUGUACAGGUCCACCAUGGAGGUCUUUAUGUCUGUGAGGCAACCGACUUUGACACAGGGAUAUCUUUCAGGAAUGAGACAUUUCUCAGCGUGGUUGCUCAACCACUUGCACCAUUUCCAACUAUCCAAGGAUGUGUUUACACUGGCAAGUACGGUUCAACGAAUGAAUAUUGCACUCUCGUUGCUAAAUCAGAGAUGACUCUGACAUGUGAAGCUAACGGAUACUACCCGGCUCUACAUCUCUAUUUCCUAUAUGGAUCAAGACAAGUAGAACCAUUGGAAACUAGAGAAAUUGAUAACACUGAUGGGACCAGAAACAAAACGGUCACAAUCGCUGCAGUUGGAAGCAAAGAACUGUACACAUGCGCAGCAUCUAUUAUACCUGGGGGUUCUGAGGAUGAAUCCACAACUGUCCUACUGCAUGAUGAACGAAAAUCCAAACCAACUGCUGUGAUCAUAACAAUGAUCUUGCUCGCCUUCUUGACAUUCUGUGCAAUUUGUUUUUUCAUCUGGAGAAAGAGAACAAAACGCACAAGUACUCGCUAUUCAUCCGUGUCACAAGAAAUGAAAAGUGUGAAGGACUUGACGGACGAAGAAUUACAAAUACUUGAUCAACGUGUGGGCGAGGUAAUGUUGAAACACUACGAGAGGAUUUAUGGUGCCGUCGAAAUAAAGACCUUCGAAGAUGAUAAGAUAAUCAGAGAAAUUACAUCUUCUCUCUUCGAUAGUGACAUAAUGUUGUCUUAUUGGCAACAAAGAAAAACAUCUACAUUGAGCCAGUACGGAAUGGUGGUAAGACAAGGACUGACUGCAGGAAAUAUGUCAGGUCACGCUUGGCCUUCAGACGAGGAACUCAGAUCAAUCUCUCGCCAUCUUAAUGAAGAAUCACUGAAGAAAAUCGGCAAAAAACUACAACUGGAAAUUGACAGCAAACCUGAUGAUGUUAAGGACGACAAUAAAAUUGUUGAAUGUUUACUAAAAUGGAGAAACAAAAUUGCCCAUAAAACUUUCGUGGAAAAGCAUGAACAACUCUCUUCGGCCUUUGGAUCUGUUAAACUAAAAGGUUUGAUUCCAGUUUUAAGGGGGAAUUUCAUGUACAAAGCUGAGCUCGUGGAGACGGCUUUUCAGUUGGUUAUUCAGGAUCUUCUACCAGUCGCUGAGGCUCUAGAGAUCCCUUUUACUAGACUGGUAUCAUAUAGGCCAGCAUUCCAUCCAUCAAACCUUGAGAUAGGGACCAUCGACUUACUUUCAAAACUUAUGUUUAGAAUCAAAGAAGACACAUCUAAUAAAGAACAAGACAGUCUUAAGAUGCAUGGGGACAGGCGAGAUAUAUUCUGCAAGAAGCUUGGUGACUUCCAAUAUCGCAACGUCGCUACUCUUGGAAUGUGUGUGUACGAGAUGAGCUAUGGUGAACUAUUUCGGAUCGCAAAUGCAUUGGAACGAUCCACUGAAGACGAGAGUGAUCGUGUUAAAGCAUGUUCAGGAGGCGAUUUUCAGAGGAAUAAGGUAACACCUGCACCAGGAAAUGACCAGGGUGAGGAAAUUGGUUCUGCAAAUCAUGGCACGCUUUUAACGCCAUCUCAGCUUGAAAACGUUGAAGACAUCCAAACUGAACAGAUUGUCAUAACUGGUAGUUUAUCAGGAAUACCGAAUAAGGAGCCAAUAAUGAACAAAUCAAGGGAUUCUCUGUCAGAAGAAUCGAUUACUCUUCAACGUAUUCUAAAGGUAACAGUUGAAGACAUGGUGGAUAUUGAAAGCUCAAGUAGGCCUACUACUCUCUCUUUGUUGAAGAUAUGGAAAGAGAAGCCACGUGAAGUUGUCUUCAACUAUCGUGCAGCUUUAGCUUAUGAACUACUACAAAAUAAGAUGUCUAGACUCGCAGAUCAAGUACUUGCAGGCGAAUACAUCAAGGAAGAGACGAGCCAUGAAUUCAUUCUAAACAUAGUUGAGAGUCUGACCCGAGAUCAACUGAUGAUCCUUGGGAACCUACUCAAGCUCAGUAAAGGGAACUGGCAUAAGGAGACACCAUUGGAUGAUAUCACAAAACAGAUCUGUGACUGGGUGGCAGACUGGACAAAGAAGAUGAAAGGAAACUCCAAAUCAGUCUUCAAGUGUUUAAAGAAAUUACAAGACGAUGUUAUCGAUAUAACACGUUUUACCACGGUGUCCAAGAAACAUAGAGAUCUGAAUGAUAGACUUUUAGACAGUGGUUUUCUCGCACUAGCCCGUGAGGUUAUGAUCAUAGAGCAACAACUUGCUUGGAUGUGAAUACAAAGAGACGAUUAUUUUGUUAUCACUUAUAUUAUCGUACAAGGAUUGUUGUGUUAACAUAAUUUCGAAUUAAUUUUAUGAAAGCCCUCUGCCUAAUAAGAAGGCUGUUAAACAUAAUAGGAAGUUUCAUAAUUUGAUAUCUUAGAGAAAAGAAAUUGAUCCCUAAGAUCUCAAAAUACCUAAGACUUUCAUCAAAAGUUGCAGCAUCCGUCCUGAUCGGAAAUUCUUUAUUAGAGUAAAUCAUAACUUACCAAGCUUCAACGUGUUCAAAAUAAUGCUGCUGCGGUUCGCUAUGGAACAUUUCGUUUCUCCCAUAUCACCCCAGCUAAGAAAACAUCUUGCUAUCGGUAUCCAAAAUAAUAGGUAUCAGCAUAAUUAUUACAUGGAAAACAGUGCAUGGUCAUUCUCCCGUACACAUGAUGCAAUAUCUAUCUUAGAACACGCUCCCAAUCUCUGAUCCUCCAAUGAUAAACAACUGGAGAAAAAAGGGUUUUGCUUUUUCAUCUCAAUUUUUUCUGGAAUGAUCUCCAACUGAGGAUCCGAUCAGCUGAAUUGCUUUAAAAAAAUGUUUGAAAUCCUAUUUGUUUUUUAUCUAUUUUUUUGUACAUGAAUAAUGAUCGAUAAUAAUAUUGUAUAUAUAAAGUCAUGCACCCACGAAUUUGUACAUAAUAGACAUCAUAAAUUAUCGAUUUUCUGUAUUUGUAAUUCCUCACUCCUUUAACUUCUUUAUCAUUCCGCGCCUCUGUAUAUUAGAUACAUGCACAUUGUAAAUGUUCUAUUAAUCAUUUUUUAAUCAUUAUUUCAAUGCUGUUAUUAGUCGGCGAACAGGGGAAAAGAUCAAGUUCAGCUUGUGAGUUUUAUUUUCACGUUUGCAUGUAAUGUCAGCGGACAUUUUGACAGUAAAUAAUGUCCUUAUUCUUCUCAUAUGACUAUCUUUGAUGAUUUCACCACUUUAAGUAUACGAUGAUGAGCUUUCGAUCAUGGUGAUUUUGCCAUUACGCAAAAUGCCGUGAUAGCAUAGCUAUGCAGGGAAUUAUAAACAAGCUUUCCGUGAUAGUUAUUAUGGUGACUAGUUACCAUUCUAACCUUAUGGUUUUACAAUAGAGGCCCUUUGUUAAUAUUGAGUCUGAAAUAUUAUAAUGUUAUCUGUAAGUUUUUUUUUGAAAGAUACAAUCUUUUAUAAUGCAACUAUAGUGAAACAAUGAAUAGUAUACAGUAUAUUUGUCAAACAUGUUAUGUGGAAAACAUGUGAAAAAUGUAUGUAAAAUAAUUUGAUUUGUUAUUGUUUUUGUUCACAUUAUGAAAUAAAGGUUAUUUUGUAUUCUCUGGAAUAAAAAAGGAAGGAAAGAAAAUACAUAUUUUUUGUAAAAAAGAAGAAACUUAAUUUAGGCCUAUGAAAAUACUGUGCCAAAUGUCAUGAACAUGGCUCGAGAUUCAUAUCCAUGAUCGUAGCUUCAGGAGAUACUUGUCAAAUAGAGCUUAAAGCCGAUAGAUUAAAGCCAGCUUAUCCACUUGGUAUAGUUGCUAGCUUACCCUUCGAUCCCUAUGGGAAGGGCUCUCGGUUGUUUCAUUAAAGUCGCCACUGUAGGUGCAGACGCAACUUCAUCUGGAAGUUUGUUUCACUGAUGGACUACUCUGUUGCUAAAAAAAGUGACCCGUUUUGUUCUUGGACGUCUUUGGUAGAAUUGUCUGGAACGAACCCGAUGAGCUUUGUUAGGUUGAGAGAAGAAAAUUUGGGCUGAAUUUCCAUAAUAGGUCUACCCAUUUAGAUAUUAGUAAGUAUUAAUAAGAUGUGCCUCCAGUGCAUAGAUCCGUACCCAGCAUGCAGCAUUCUCAUCAUGUAUUAUGAAAUAGGCUAAUUAGAGAGAUGAAUAAUAUCCCUGUGAGAUAUUCACCUAACUGAGGUCUGGUUUCUAAGACUAUACUUUCUCUUUUUAAUAUCUUCCACUUCUACUGCUUCUCUACUUCCAUCUCCAUGACAAAGAACUUUAUGUAUUCACUUGUAUAGUAUACAGGGUAUACGGCAUGUAAGAUGCUAAGGUUGCCCUUAGUAAAUUCAGUCUUAUAAAUGCAAUUAUUGAGUGCGCAAGUGUAUUAUUUAAGCGUGCUAUAUUCUCGUAGAGAUAUCCCUAAUAUACUAGAAACACGAAAAUUCAAGUACUGGGAAAUAUAAACAUGAUUAAUGCCACAAAUUUUUUCCUUUUUUUUCAAUAAAGAUGGAAUAGGCAUCAAAAUGCAUAAUAUUUUCGAUUGUUUGUUGAAAAUGUGUAUGUAUCAAUAUUAUUCUAAAGCAUUGUGCUUUUCUAAAAACGUUGACAGGGUAAUAGCGGUGUGCAAGAUCACCUUUUUUCGGUUCCCCUUAAGAGGCACCUACAUAAACCUUUGCUUGAAAAUUUAUUGCAUUAGAUCUUAUGUUCUUUGUAAAGCACAACCGUGUAAACUCCGCACAAAAGUGUACGGCCAGAGGAACUUCAGGUGCAUGCCUGUGGAAUCCUUUUUACUAAAUGAAUAAUGAUAGUGAAUUAUUCUUAUGCUAUAUCCCUGAUUAGAUAUUCUGCCUUUGGCUUUAUUGUAUAUGUUUUAUAUGUAGAGUGCUUAGGUUACACUUUUGACUAGCAUUUCUGCCAGAAGAAAACUCUGACUAUGCUAAAUCAAGGCCCCAGGUUAUGUCAUAAUAUGCUAGAUCCGUUUUCAGGAACACUCUCUUCACAGAGUUAUCUUACAAGCUCCCCAGAAAGUCCUCGCCAAUUUUUAGAAACAAAUAGAAAGAUAACUCUGUAUAAACCACUUUAAAACUUGUGUUUUUCAUAUCAACUCUAAAAUUAUGUUAGAUUUCGUUAAAAUCUGAUUUUUUGUGUGCAAAAUUACACCAUGAAUAAAUAUGGUAGAUGCCAUAAGGGUAAAAAUAAUAUGCUAAAAGUCUUAUUUAUUUUAUUUAUUUUUUAACGGUCGGCAAUUUUUUUGACUUUGCAAAACAAACAACAAACAAAAACAAAUCAUGAUAUUUUUUGUCCCCCUGCAAUCUAAUAUAAUUAUGGGCCAAGACUUAUAUGAGCAUAAUUGUAGUUUUCUUGGCAACACUGAUAGGCAAGGUGUAUAUAUGCAUAAACAUGAUCUACACUGAACAUGAAUUCUAUAUGACGUAUUUUAUAUGAAUUCUAUGCACAGGUCACAGGAUGUGGAUUAUUUUGUUGACUAAGUUCAAAUUCUGUGUAAAGUCAUUGCUCUUUGUAGGAUAGAAAAAGUAACUUUUGAUAUAUGUAUUUAAUAAAGUUUGUAUCGUACACUAU